CGUGAGAACUCUUAGCCGAACUACUGGAAAUGGGACAGUAGAUAAGGAUUACCGAUUAAAAUACUGUGGAUUCUGAUACAAAAUAAUUGUAACACGUCAAUUAAUAUUUUUAGAGUUAACAUUCAGGAUGUCAUACAACUACUUAAGAGAGUUUGAGUAAGACAAAAAAGAUUGGAAUGCUACUAAAAGUUUCCCAAUCACCCGGUCUUAUUCAGUGGCUAUUAACGUGGAUGAGUACUUCUCUUAGAACCAUCUUCUGUCAAUCCGUACCAGUGGUAAAUUCUAAUUACACCUGUAACUGUAGUUCUCAAUAUAACAAAUCAAAGAAUACAUGCUCUCAGGUUGUAUCCCGUGAAAUUCAAAGUUCACCGACUGAUUUCUGGAGUGAAACACUACUUUUCAAAAGCAAACAAAAUAUGUUCGAAAAUACUAAUUUCAACGUGAGUUUAUUAGAAAUUUGCCAAUUAAAACCAAAGAAACGUAACUUGAUUGAGAUCAUGAGUCGACCAAUGUUAGACCACCAUGUGCUCACUAGUGACUAGCUUCGAGCGGAAAUCCUCGGAGUUUUAGUGAGAAACCGUGACUAAUGGGGCUAACCCGUGUCGGGUAUGAGGCAGUUACCCACCAAAGACAAUGGAAGAUGGUCGCGCAAUAUCAUGGAUUGGUUGAAAUCAGACAUUAACACAGUUGGAUGCCAGCUCAGUAAUCUAGAGAUCAAGCGUCCC